AUGAACACGUCUCAAUGCCAAGGACUGCCCAAUUGUGAGAAGACCAUUUCAAAUUCUCCAACAAACGGUGCUUCUAUCAAAGAUACCUUGCCAUAUCGUCGAACUUACUCAAUUACUGGCUUUGGUGGAAUUACUGAAGCAUCUGGCUCUGGGAUAACUUAUCAAGGCAGUGUAGGCGAUCCCUACGGGAGCAAUAUUAUCAGAGUAUCUGCAGAAAACUCCAGUGACUAUAAAUAUGUUGCUGAAUUCAAAGCAGCGAGCUCUGCAAUAUGGUCCGUGGUUAUCUGGAAUAAAAUUCUACCAGGCGGUUUCCUCAAUGGUUGGUACGGCCAUGCCUGCAAGAAUUUCACUUUGAACAGUGGAACGACUCAACAUGUUGCUUUUGACGAGAACUUUCAAGGAGCUUGGGCGGCUGCACCAGGUUACACGAUACCUACUGACAACUUCGGGGGUUACACUUCGACAUGGGGUGAAUUCGAUUUUGGGUCAGCCAUAUAUUAUUCAGGAUGGUCGGGGUUUGAUGUUUCAGCCAUCACGGCACAGGCAGCCAAUAUUCAAAUCCAGGGUAUGAAAAUCUGCGAUACAGCCACCGAGACUUGCUCUUCAAUUAGCUCCGAUGGCGCCAAAUUCAAUAAUGCAUACGCUGCCAAAGAUUCGAACGUCGGCGGAAUAGGUGGCAAUCUUCCAGCUGGCCAAUUAAGGCUUGCAGUGGUGCUUGGCUACGAAGCCGAUGACGCUAUGAAAUGA